GGUGCCGUGAUUGGCUGGGACCCGGGAGGCGCCUCUAAACGUGGCGCGGGGUUUGCUCCUGCGAGGCUGGGACCGGUGGGCGGAAUGUCCCAAGCUGGUGGCGGUGCGCGCGGUGAUGCGGGUCAGGAAGACUCUGCUGCUGCCGGCCCGUUCAGCUUCAGCCCGGAGCCUACGCUAGAGGACAUUCGACGUCUCCAUGCGGAGUUUGCUGCGGAGCGGGACUGGGAGCAGUUCCACCAGCCUCGGAACCUCCUCCUAGCCUUGGUGGGAGAAGUGGGCGAGCUUGCAGAACUCUUUCAGUGGAAGUCCGAUGCGGAACCCGGUCCUCAAGCAUGGCUGCCGAAGGAACGAGCGGCCCUUCAAGAGGAGCUUAGUGAUGUCCUCAUCUAUCUGGUAGCAUUAGCAGCUCGCUGUCAAGUGGAUUUACCUCAAGCAGUAAUCUCCAAAAUGGACACCAACCGCCAGCGUUACCCAGUCCAUCUGUCGCGAGGUUCUGCCUGCAAGUACACAGACUUGCCCCACGGGACCAUCUCUGAGAACCAGGCUACAGCGUCUGGAGACCCUGCCUCUGAGUUGAAAGACCAGACCUCCACCUAG